AUGGGGACAGUGGUUUCCCUUCUUUCUCGCUCUUUCUCUUUGUGCUUCGGAAUGGGUAGGCUCGACUUUCCUUGCAGAAGUUCGUUUAAGACCUCUUGCAUGUUCUCUAGCGUGGAUUCCAAAUUUUGGGUAGUGGUGCAGGACAUCGUGCUGUCGACUCUGGCAUAUGGUCGAGGGGGCUUAGGUAGUGCCUCCACUCUCCAUACGGGUUCGUACCGCCACUACUUGUCAGACGCAGAUGUCAGGGCCACGCCUCUGUCCUCCUCAGGAUUGUACACUCUGUACUCAUAUACAUACCUUGUACCUAAUGGUCCUUCUUAUAUAUCUGAGACACAUCAUCUCUCCAAGAUUUCUCCCAUUCUGUUAAGUGUUGUUGAUCUUGGGAAUUUAUCUCUACAAAAAAGAUUUUUGCUAAGUACAAUCAUAAAUGACCUUUCAAAUUGGUCAAGACUCUCCAGUUUAUGGCCGCUUCUCUAUGAUAUCUUUUGUUGCUUUAUUGAAUUUGCUUCAUUAAUAGGUUCAUUAUAUGACUUUAAUCAUUGUGGACUGGUGCCAAGAUCGAAUCCUAGACAAGGAAACCUAAUUUUAACAGUGGGUAUAGUAAUAAUGAAAAUGGAUCCUUCUUUAGUGAGAUUAUAUGAACAAAUGCCGAAACCAGAAUAUGUUAUUGCUAUGGGAGCCUGUACAAUAAUAGGGGGGAUGUUCAAUACCGAUUCAUAUAGUACUAUUCGGGGGGUCGAUAAGCUAAUUCUUGUGGAUGUUUAUUUGCCCGAAUGUCCUCCUAAACCGGAGGCAGUUAUAGAUGCUAUAACAAAACUUUGGAAGAAAAUAUCUCAAGAAAUCUAUGAAGAUCGAAUUCGAUCUCAACGGGAGAAUCAGUGUUUUACUACCAGCCACAAUUUUCGUGUUAGACGCAAUACUCAUACUGGAAGUUAUAAUCAAGGAUUACUGUAUCAACCACCAUCAACUUCAAAGAUCUUGUCUGAAAGAUUUUUCAAAUACAAAAGUUCAGUAUCUUUCCACAAAUUAGUGAAUUAA